UAUGUCAAGCACUUACUUGGAAUAGGUGAGAUCAGCAUUUUCUUAGAUCGAAGUCAUCGAAAAGACCAUAGUAUUUUGUAUGCAGAGUAAAUAAGUGAUUCCAAAUCAAUCUGUGUUGUUGGAUCACAGAAUACACAAUUUAAUUUAAAUGGCGCAAAAAACAGCAGCAGAUGCAUUGAUAUUAAUUGAUGGUGCUGAUGGUUGGAAGAAAGAAGAAAUGAAUUAUCUAUAAGGUGUUGGAGGUUCUGGAGAUGUUUGGGAAAACUUCUAUGAAAGAUUUAAGGAAAUCAAAGAUUAUCAUAAAAGAGUCACAAAUGUUUAAACUAUGCAAAAUAAAGUAAAUUUUUUUUUAAAUUUAUAUGUUCAGGUCGAAUUUUACUAUGAAUAAGCAUUUGCACCACCAUUCAAAGAGCCCUAUUUCUCUGGAGAAGAACAUCAUGGUAGAUUUCUUGAUAUGCAUGCUAGCUAUAAGGAAUUCUUGAAUCUUAAAAAGUUAAAGGAAAGUAACAAAAUAAAAAUUGGGGAUUAUUUGUGGUAUUUGCAAAAUUUUUAAAAUUUUCAUGACAUUCCACUCUAUAUUAAAGAAAAAGAAGGAAGUAAAUAUAAAAGAUAUCUUAUUAAUAUGUUGGAAUACUUACGUAGUUUUUAUUAAAGAGUAGAUCAUUAAUUUAUUUUAGGUAAAUCCUUUAUAAGAUGUUAGCAAAAUUGAAUAAAAAAUAGAUAUUGAUUUUUAAACUUAAUGGGAAAAUGGUUAAGUAAAAGGUUGGGAACAUAGAAAAGAAGAAACUGAAGAAAUUAGAGGACAUCCUCAUUAUUGUGAAGCUUGUUAAAAGAAAUAUUAAAAUGAAAAUACAUUUGUUAAUCAUUUUGAUGGUAAAAAACAUAAAGCAUUGGCUAAAUUAAAAGAAAAACAAAUAGAAUAAGUGAUUUAAACUAUCAAUCAAUAAGAAUAACCAAAAGAAGAUAAUGAAGGACAAAAGAAAAAGAAGAUGGCUUAUUUAGAAGUGGCUAUUUUAUAAUACAAAGAUACUUUACAAUAAUAAUUGAAUGAUACAAUGAAUUUAGUAAGAAAGAAAUAAAGUAGAAGAUAUGAAGAAAAUGAAGAUGAAGAAGCAGUUUAAGUAUAAGAUUAAUAAUUAGGUUUAUAUUGAUAAUAAUAAAAUAUAGAUUAACCUGAAGAAGCUAGUAGUGAAGAUGAAAGUCCUAUAUAUAAUCCAAAGAAUUUACCAUUAGGAUGGGAUGGAAGACCUAUUCCAUAUUGGUUAUAUAAAUUACAUGGGUUGGGUGUUGAAUAUAAAUGUGAAAUAUGUGGUAAUACAUCAUAUUGGGGAAGAAAGGCAUUUGAAGAUCAUUUUCAAGGAUGGAGACAUUCUUAUGGUAUGAGGUAAACUAUUUUAUUUAUAUUAAAGAUGUUUGAGAAUACCAAAUACAUUACAUUUUAAAGAAAUCACUAAAAUUUAAGAUGCUAUAAGUUUAUACAAAAAAAUCUAACAGGAUCAAGAGAGAAGCAAAUUUAGACCAGAAUAUGAAGAGGAAUAUGAAGAUACUGAUGGAAAUUUGCUUAAUAAAAAAACUUAUUAUGAUUUAAAAAAAUAGGGAUUAUUGUGAA